UUGUAAAAAUCAGCCAUAGCUCAGCCGCUGUGCACAAAUAUAAACUGGUGAUUCUACACAAGCUAAAGACCAGCGCUCGUGGCCCCUUGUACAAACAACCUCUGUCACCUGCAAAGGAACAUGUCUGAUUAUAUCAUCCGGCUGUACAAAGACUCAGACUAUGAGGCUGUGAGUGAACUUUUUGAUUAUGCCGUCAAGGACUUUGCCAGUGUAGCGUUCCACCAGACUCUCAGGCUCCUGCACAUAUGGAUUUUCCUGCUGGUUGUGUUCUUUGCUCCCCUUGUUGUCUUUGGAUCCAUCCUCCUGGCAUUCUUGUCCUUGGCCUUUGCAUUACUUGUCCUCAGGAUGGGCACCAGAGAGUUUUACCAUUCCCAUGUCAGUAGUGGUUUCUCAAAUGACAUGAAGGACAUCAACAAAUACUAUCUGCAGAGAGAUGGUUACAACUUCUGGGUGGCUGAGUCUGCAGGGCAUGUUGUGGGAAUGGUAGCAGCUAUCCCUUCUUCAUACACCUGCCGAGAUAAACAUCUGGAACUCAAGAGAUUAGCUGUGGAUAAAAGCCACAGAGGCAAAGGGAUUGCUAAAGCCUUGUCCAGGACACUCAUUGACUUUGCUAGAGAGAAGGGAUAUGAAGCUGUAGUGCUGGCCACAACAACAGCUCACACUGAGGCUCAGCACAUGUAUGAGAAGAUGGGUUUCAGAUAUGUACGCCAUAUUAAUUUGUCACAAUGGAGAAUGAGAUUCAUUGGCAUAAUGUUGGUGUUUUUCCAGUAUGACCUCCCAAAGGGCAAUUAAAAGCCUAGAUAUAUACUCUAUCUGGGUAAUAUCAAGCAGGAUACUGUUCUUCCUUUCCUAAUGACAUGGGGGGGAAUCAAAUGCGUAACCAUUUUAUAACAUUAGACUGAUAUGGGAUUUAAAGUGUAAUUCUGCACAUUUUUCAGAAUUAAGCAAUGAGAAAGCAGAAAAACUUAUAAUGGAAAAAAGAAUUCACAAUGAUGGUAACAAACCUCCAUACAUGGCUCUGUAAACCAAUCUGCCUAAACAUGCUUUAUCCUUAGCACAAACGUCAUGAAAUCUGCAAUAUGGACCCUUCCCCAUAUCACUGGGACAGACCAACCUCAUGUUGCGUAAUACAUACAAGGCAAUGAUUUCUUUAACCCCAGAACAGUGAUUAUUUCUCAAACUUGAUUCCAGUAACAUAGAUAAAGAAUAAUGUUUAAUGUUUGAGUGCCAGUAAUAUACACAUCUGUGCUUUAACACCCCUUUCCCUUAUAGAUGUCAGUAACACACAAGCUUAAGUGAUUGUAAUUUCCUUGAAUUCCACUAACAUUGACAUGGCAGUGAUUUCCUUACCCACUUAAAUACAAAUAUCAAACACAGAUGAGUAAUUAUUACUUUCUUCGGCCAAUAAGAAAUGUCUGUAGAUAUUGGGCUGCUUAUCUCCUAAGUUCUCUAUUCUGUGUGUCCAUGUUCUACAUUUAUCUCUGUGUUGGUCUUUUUAAGAUUGGCACCACCAGCAAAAUAUGACAUAAUACUGUACAUUGCAUAUGCCAUGCUUUUUUAUUCAGGUGGUAGAAAUCUGUCAUCUUUUUAAAAAUAAAAACCUUCUUUACUUGC